AAGCGGCGCGGGGCGGCAUGGCCGCGGCCGGCUGGGCCCCGCCGCGCCUGCCCGGCUUCAUCCUCACCGAGCGCCUCGGCACCGGCACCUACGCCACCGUCUACAAGGCCUACAGGAAGACGGACACGCGAGAGGUGGUGGCCAUCAAGUGCGUGAGCAAAAGGAGCCUCAACCGGGCGUCGGUGGAGAAUCUGCUGACUGAGAUCGAGAUCCUGAAGACCAUCCGUCACCCGCAUAUCGUGGAACUCAAGGACUUCCAGUGGGACAGCGACCACAUCUACCUGAUCAUGGAGUUCUGUGCCGGGGGAGACCUCUCCCGCUUCAUCCGGAUGCGCAGGAUCCUCCCGGAGAAGGUGGCACGCAUCUUCCUGCAGCAGCUCGCCUGCGCCCUGAAGUUCCUCCACGACCACAACAUCUCUCACCUGGACCUCAAGCCACAGAACAUCCUCCUGAGCACCCCAGAGAACCCCCAGCUGAAGCUGGCAGAUUUCGGGUUUGCGCAGUACAUGUCACCAUGGGAUGAGAAGCACGUCCUGCGGGGUUCCCCGCUCUACAUGGCCCCCGAGAUGGUGUGCUGCCAGCAGUACGAUGCCCGUGUGGACCUCUGGUCGGUGGGCGUCAUCCUUUACGAAGCACUUUUUGGGAGGCCACCCUUUGCCUCCCGCUCCUUCGCCGAACUGGAGGAGAAGAUCCGCAGUGACCGGGCUAUCGAGCUGCCCAGCCGGCCCCUGCUCUCGCUGGAGUGCCGGGACCUCUUAGGACAGCUCUUGGAGAGGGACCCUUUGAAACGCAUCUCCUUUGAGGGCUUCUUUGCCCACCCCUUUGUAGACAUGGAGCAUGUCCCCAGCGCUGAGAGCCUCUGCAAGGCGACUGACCUGGUGGUGGAGGCGGUGAAGAAGGAUCAGGAGGGGGAUGCCUCUGCUGCCCUUUCCCUUUACUGCAAAGCCCUGGAGUAUUUUGUUCCAGCUCUGUACUAUGAAAGCGAUGCUCGCCGGAAGGAAGCCAUCCGGGCCAAGGUGGGACAGUACAUCUCCCGAGCAGAGGAGCUGAAGGCGUUGGUCACCUCCAGCAGCAAGAGCCUCCUGCAGCAAGGGAACCCAGCCAGAGAGCUCCUUAGAGAGAUGGCCAAGGACAAGCCUCGGCUCUGUGCUGCGCUGGACGUGGCUUCAGCUGCCAUCGCCAAGGAGGAGGAAGGCAAAGAUGACAAUGACACCCUGAAGCUCUACCAGCAUAGCCUGGGCGAGCUGCUGCUGCUCCUGGCUGCGGAGCCUGCGGGGAGGCGCCGGGAGCUGCUGCAUGCUGAGAUCCAGGCCCUGAUGGCCCGAGCUGAGUACCUGAAAGACCAGAUGAAGAUGCGGGAGGCACAGUCCAUGGGCAAGGAGGCACUGGCGGAGCCUGUCCGGAGCACCUGUACCUUGCAGUGAUGCCUCGGAGCUGCCCUGGCGCUGCCUCACGAAGAUGCCAUGGAGGGACAUGGAGGAGAGAUGCAGGUUUCAUCCCAGCCCCCUUGGGGUGACCACCUGCAAGGCUCGCCCUGGGGCCCUCACCCCCCAGGGCUCCACAUGGUUGUCAUUUGCCGACAGGCCCAGUCCCCUCCCAGCCCUGUCUCAACCGUCUGCUGCUGCUGCAGCCUCUGCUGACUGUGGCGGGCGGGUUAUUCCACUCUAAUUCCUUCUGCUGCAAUAGGCUGGAUAUUUUUAUCCUGGCACGGGGCUCCAGCAGAAUACCCCCCCCCCACCAGUCACAUACAUCUCGUGCCUUUUCGGCUGGAUGUUUCUUCCACCUCCCAAACUCUUGAAGGGGAGCCCAGAGCGUAGGCACAGCCCAGAGCCAUCUCACCCCACCAGCCUCUCCGGGCUGUUGGUGCCGGCAGCAGGCAGGGCCUCGGAAGCUGACCACUCUCUGCUGUGCCUUUCUUACCAGGCAACUACCUCUCUGUGCCCACCACCGCUCCUCCAGCCCCAAGCAGCCCCACUGCACUGUCCCAGCCCUACCUCCCUCUCACUGCUGGAGUACGGCAGGUCAAGACUGCUGCUUCUUAAGCACUGGAGUCUGGCAGGUGCUGACUGCAGAGCUGUCAUUUUUGUCAUGAGGUGCUGGCAGUGCUCAGCAGGGAUGAAGUGAUUGCACUGCUCCUCUUUGGGUACAUAGUCACACGAGCAGAAAUCAGUCACCUUCAGGGACGGAGUUGGAUGGCCGCAAACAGCGGUACCUCCCUGAAGGCAGAGCCUCAGCCUGCUGCUGCUGUGCUCCUGGGGGCUCUAACAACUCCAGCAUUCAAAUUAUAUUCCCAGGAGUGCCGCCAGCCCUGCACGAGUCACUUACCAGAGUCAUGAGGUCCAUCUGUCCUGCAGAGCAAGGGACUUCUCUUAACAGCUACUGUAUUUCAAGAUAAUAUAAAUUACUGUCUUUAAUAAACACUUACUUAGGUUUCUCCACCUCC